CCAAAACCAAAGACCGUCCCGUCAAACUGCGCACACAGCACAACCCCAAGGGCUACCGCAUCCCAAUAAGCACCAUACCACCAACAAACGCCAAGCUUAUAAAGGGAUACGAAACACCCAAUUAAUUUUAAAAGACUGAUCUACCAAAGAACGCACAAGAUGGGCCCGUUUCUGUUUUCGAUAGCGCUGCUGUGUCUUGCUUCCAUCGUCCAAUCUCAGUCUACCAAUGAUACCACGACGACGACCGUCACUCUAUUGAAUCGAUCCGUCGCGGUGACGGCAACCCGUAUUGACUGGAGCGACGAUGGCCUGAUAGGCACAAUCCCAUCUGAGAUUGGUCUCCUGACUGACUUGACGCAUUUGUCAUUAUCAUUCAAUGAUAUCUCUGGGACCCUCCCUUCUGAGAUUGGAUUGCUCACUGAGUUGAGUUAUUUCUCGGCCAAUGUUACGAGACUUGAAGGGACCAUUCCGAACUCUUUGUCAAUGUUGACCAAGUUAUCGGUCUUGGAUCUUGCCAUGAAUUUUCUGACUGGGACAGUGCCCUCGGAACUUGGUCGACUGAGUCUCUUAUCAUCUCUACAGCUGUUUGCGCAGGACCUUACGGGAUAUGUCCCUUCAGAAAUUGGGCUAUUGCAGAAUCUUACGUCCUUGCCGUUUGUAGGAAAUCUCUUCUCCGGUGAGAUUCCCGAGGAAAUUGGCACCAUGACCCAGUUGACAAUUCUGUCGUUUUGGGGCAACAACCUAAAUUCGACAAUCCCCUCGGAACUGGGACAAUUGACGCAAUUGCAACGCAUGUCGUUUUCCCUAAACUCUUUAUCCGGGACCGUACCGACCACUCUUGGCCGUCUGACCAAUUUGGUCAGUUUGUCCCUCAAUUACAAUGACCUGUCAGGGCCCAUUCCCAGUGAACUGGGACUCUUGACCAACCUGGAAUCACUGCGACUCUUCGCCAACGAUUUGACGGGAACCGUUCCGGAGGAAGUUUGCUUGUUGACGACGACCACCACAACGACACAUCAAUCCGCCAAUGACACUGUAGUAUUCCUUCAUCGCAUUGGUUUGGACUGUUUGGAAGUUUCCUGUGGCGGCAACUGCGCCUGUACGUGUUACGAUGUGUGGUCCUUGGAGGCUAAUAUUGGCUUAUUCUCGGCCAGUAGUAGUACCAGCAUCUCUCGAUCCUCCUCGGUGCCAUAGUGUCUCUGACUGACUGACUGACAGAGAGACCAUGUGAUGGCUUUCCAGCGACCAUGUUUCUGUACCACACUCAAACUGUGACAUACAACAACAAAAGGAUUACCGUGGUUACUCGAGUCUUCUCGCUGUACUGUACUGUGCUGUACUGUACUGUACCGGUACUGUACGUGUAGGUGGGUGGAUCCAGUGGCACGUCGCCUGCAUGGGUCGGAAGUUGGCUCAGGUAGCCAGAAGCGUCGGCCAAGGCAACCAUGCACGUGUUUCAAAAGUGAAUGGCGCUGAAAGAUAUACUGCUUCAUUGCUACCUUUUAAAAUUGCUUGCAUUCUUGUGAUUGUAAAUGUGCGUAGCUAACUAUAAAUUAGCAAUAUAGAGGCAACUUUGUUUCACAAUCUACCAACCAAACAUUUUUGUAGAUUGUGUCCUUCCACAC